AUGUCAGAUGAAAUCGGUACCAAGGCAGACAACGCCACUGAUGGCGAUAAGGUAGCCAAAGACGGGACAAACGACGAAAGCGCUACAAAGGAACCGAAAGAGGUGAAACCGAGAUCCGUAUCCUUCAAUAGGGACGUACACGUAAAACGCUUCGGUAAACCCCGGGACCGGGGUGCCUCUUCAGAACAUCAAUCUCCAUCAAUCCGGAAGGAACCCUUUACCCAUCUUUCCGAACAAGAACUAAUUGAGGAAGCAAAUAGAGUACUUGCUCAAGCCAAAAGUGUCAGCUGCACCGCCGAUCAUCCACCAGACAAAUUCUUUUCCCUACCCCAUAGAAGAAAAUUUAAAGAAGACAGGUCUGCAAGACGGAACAGCGACGACGCAGGGUCACCAGAGGGCACUGUCAAAUCACCCCUAGGCAGGUCAAGGAGUGACGUCACCGCUAGGAAAAGAAAAGAACGGACCUCUCUCUCAACUCUAUUUAGAAGAGCACAGAGAAACAAGAGCCCCGAUGUACCCGUGGUAAUUACCAGAAAGCCUAUAGUCGUUGUGAAAAGAAGUAAAAGUGACGUCUCUGAUCUGAAAUCCAAUACAACUUUAAAUAAUCAAAUUAAACCUAUUCGAAAGAGGUCUGGGAGUGAAACUGAAGAAUUUCUUAAAUCCUUAAGAAAUAAGAAGUCACAGCUUUCGCCCAUUAUAGAGAGUUCACCUAGGGAAGAUUAUUUCAAAAAGACGCCUCCCCUAGACGUAUUCCAAAAAGAAAGAUUGAAGCAGAAAAACUCUAACAAAUCCGAUAAGCAAAUUGCCACAGAUAUCAAAAAAGUUAAUCCUGUAGUUAAACCUCCCAGAUAUAAAAGCACAGAUAAAACAGAUCCUAAAACACCCUCCAGAAGUAAAAGCUUAACGGCGAGUGAGGGGGGAGGAAGGGAAGAGUCCUCCCCGCCUAUAGGUGAUACUCCAAAACGCAAAACUAACGUUAAGCAGACUAAUUUGGUCGAUGAGAUUGAUUCAACAAAAGAUAAAGAAAUAAAUCAACAAGAAGUAAAAGAUAAAAUAAAAGAAAGCAUCAAGAAAAUCGAGGAAAACGUCUAUGGUGAUAAGGAAAUGAAACAUAGUAGUCAGCAGCCCCCAGAAAAACCACCGCUGACUAGAGGACAAACAGUUGACCAGCUUGUCAAAAUUUUAAAAGAGGAUCAAGAUUCUCCACCACCUAAAAACCAUCUAAUAACUCCACCUCACGGCAGUAAUAUAAAUCAACCGUUUUCGUAUACUAAGCCCAGUGCAAGUCCUGACCCUAACCUUUUUGUAAGGACCACAAGCCCAGAUAGGGUACCGACCCCCGUCAAUAAAAUGGAAAAAGGCAUUGUCUACGCUCAAGUCGUAAGGGACUCGCCAGAUAGUGUACCCCCGUUUGGUAAAACAAGAAUGUAUUCCCCGCCCGAGAAAAAUGGAAACUACUCCGAUGAAGACGAAGGUCUCGGAUACGAAGAAAGAUACAAAUACUCCGCUGAACGUAAUUAUGAUUACAAAUACAAAAACAAAGAAAAUGAAAACUUUAAUAGCUUCGAAGUGCCCAACAUUAAGGAGUCGCCUAUUCGUCCAAGAUUUAGAGAAUAUAAAUUACUGAACUUUGAUGAUUUUGAACCUACCUAUGCAAAUGAGUAUCCAAGCAAACAUAAUGUGCGAAAUAAUUUGGAAAACUACAGAGGUAGAGCGGACGGUAUGGAUACUAAAAAGAAGCCGAUAGAACCUGAGCAUACCAAAAUUGAUUUGGACUUCAACGAGUUAAGCCAUCGGCGUCAACUUUUAGAGUCACGCUUAAAUGCUAGACGUUUAGAACGUGGAAAAGUAAACAUCGAAGAGCCGAUAACUAAAUACAUCGUUGAGAAUGAUCCGAUAUAUGAAGCGGAAAAACGUAUGAAAGCAACUGAGAAAUACGUUAAUGAGACAGCGAGAUACUAUCGUGAAACUUUGGAGAGAGAUGGCUACGUAGAGAGCAACAUUACAGAAGAUUUUAAUAAAUACGAUUCGGAUAAUCAUAACGUUAAAUACAACACAGAAAGUAGAACCUUUCAAAAGAUUCACAAGGAUGUUGACCGGCGUGUGUAUAAUAUUAGUCCGGAACCACGGUAUAAAGAAGAAAAGAAAGUGUUCCCUCCAGAGCCCGAAUACGAACCACCUAGCCUAGAGUCGAAUCCACGAAAACCUAUUCUUUCACCGGACGAGUACACAGAGAAAAAGUAUAAAGUGAAAAAACACUUCACUUCUAGUCAUGACCUUCUCCAGUCUGGUCAAAAAUACAAGGGUAAAGAGGAUUGGUUCGGUAAAAGGAAGGGUCAUUAUGCAUCCAACCCAGAAAUUGCCCAGGAGCGAGAAGAUGAUUACGCCAACCUGCGGUACAACGGUAAGCACAGCGAGUCCUAUCAUAACUCUCUGAGGCGCGUUAAGAACAAGGAUAGACAUUACAAGGAAGAUUAUAAAAUACGUCGCCACGAUUCAGGUGACAGCAGGGAUUCCUAUCGAGAAGAACGAUCGCCUCGCAGAUACGAUUUCGACAAUAGACUAGUCGAUUCUGGAAUCGAAAACGAUUUCCGAAAGGAUUCAAGCGGCGAAAUCCACAGAACUAGGCGCAUGAGACACGAGAGUGAUGACGAUGUACACAAUACAUCCCUAUUUUUAGCCAGUGAGAGGAGGCACACUGAAGACAACUAUCCAGCUGAACAGAUUUACGCUAACGGUGAAUACUUAGCCACAUUCAAAGACUACAAACGGGAUGAUAGGAAGGAAUAUGUUUCGAGAGAGAGAAGCGCUGACGACGGCUCCAAUUUUGAACCGAAACAUAAUAGAUAUGAGAAAAGUCCAAGUAAACACGAUGAUAAAAUCAGUGCGAAACCUCCUAAGGCUACGAAAAAGCUUUCUGGACUUGAGAAAGUGAAACAAUUAUUCUCUCGCGACUCUUCUAAGAAGAGCAAGAAAGAGAAAGAGGUAGUUCAGCCGAAAACACGCACGCGGGUACUCAAGAGCCCUGAACAUCUUGCCAGAGACGAUUCUGAAUAUAGAAGGUAUACCGACCCUGAACCGAGUGACAUAGACGUCAAAAAAAGAGAUUACGAUCCGAAAGAAGCGGAAAGAAGAUAUAAACAUUCAAGAGAAGAUUUGGACAGGUACAGAAGCUCCGAUCGUGAAGUAAACGAGAAAAAGUACAGGGAAACGGAGUACGAUGGAAGGUAUGACAGAACAUUGAAAGGUGAUAGAAGAUACAAGAGCCACGAAGAGGAUAAGCGACGGUACAACUCCUCGGACAGGGAAAGCGACCACCAGUCGAGGCCUUCUGAUAUUGAGAGCGACAGACGGAAGACCAGGUCCAAGACCGCUGGGCCCCUUGAUUCGCCUGCAUUGGCUGAAAGAUAUCGCGAGAGACGACGCCUGGCGACGCCCAGCCCGACGCCGUCGCCACCACGUCGGCAGCCGGCGCCGCAACCCACUAACGGUAGCUGGUUCAAGUCCCUAGACAGGCUUGGCAAGAAACGGGAGAAGAGCAUCAACAAUAGGGUUGAGAAAGACAGCGUGAUCACGACGGAGGACGAGUCCUCGCGCCGGGUGUGGUCGAAGCCGUCCAAGCCGCUCAACUCGCCGGCCAAGAACCUCCGGUUCUUCGGCGACACCGACCACGAGUCUGACGGCAACGCGAAGCACGCCGUCACCAAGACCAAAAGCCACCCGCAGCCCAAACGGCACGGCACCCUGAGGAAGACCAUAUCCAACUCCAGCACGGGCCUUGACGAGGUCGACCACAGCGAGCUCUCGAACAAGAGCUACUCGAUGUCGAACCUAUACAGGGACGAGGCGAACGAUUCGCCGCGAACGAGGCAGCACUACAGGAGGAACCUGCAGAACAUAUCGGAGAUACAGAGCAACUCGGAGACGGAGAGCCAGUUCGACAGGAGGGCGAGCGCGAAGCCGCCGAUUAGCCCCUACGACAGGUCCAGGAGUCACAGCAGCUCGAAGACCCUGAAGGCCGGUAAAAGCGACAUCAAGAGGAUCGGCAGAGGUGACGACAGGGGUAGCUCUUCAGAACUAAGGGGCAGUAAACACGAACUGAGCAGGGAUGUGAAACAUCGACGUCGCACUCCGCUAACGAACUCUGGGGAGAGCAGCACGGAAGGUGACUCCAGCCAUCAGAGCCAACGCAGUGUGGUCUACUUGCAUGCGACUACUGUCGGCGACAUCCCGGAUCCGGGCAAGCUGACGCGCAACCGCUCGAGGGACGACGUCUCCUCCGUCAUGUCAUCCAACAUCCAGGUGAGGAGCACCACGAAGAGCUUCUCUCUGUUCGCGCCCUGGACGCCGCGGCACCACGGCGAGCGGGACGUGCACUACGCGCAGAAGCCGAAGAGCAAACAGAAGGAGAGCGUGUUCAAGAAGGAGAGGAAAGUGACCGAAGAGCGGCCCUCGCUGCAGAAGAACAAGUCGCACAGCCAGACGACGCUGAGCCGGCCGCAGAGCCGGAGCCGCUUGACCAACUCGAGCUCAACGCUGUACCGCAGAGACAAAAGAGGCGGGAAAGAGAGCGCAAGCGAAAGCACCAUCUCGCGCAGGGCGAACGGCAAGAAGAGCCAGUCGAGCGAGAUACUGAACAGAGAGGAAAGAGAGAGGCUGUCCCGCUCGAUCUCGAUGCCGAAGGACCAAAACAAGAAGGCCGGAUGGUUCAAGCUGUCGAGUAAAAAUAAAAAGACCGAUGUGAAUACGCGCGUCCGU